CCACACUGUCUGCGCAUGCGCACUAAGCCUCUAAAUGAAAGCGAAAGAAUAGUUCGACAGCGGACUACAGGCUAUAACACCACCGUAAGAAGUACUUCUCAAUGUACCGCAAGGCCACACUGUCUGCGCAUGCGCACUAAGCCUCUAAAUGAAAGCGAAAGCCUAGUUCGACAGCGGACUACAGGCUAUAACACCACCGUAAGUAAACUACAGAGUAAGAGAUCAGAAUCACCAACACACAGCUGUAUCUCCAUGAUGGGUGACAUGGCUAUGGAUCCUCCUCUGAGGUUUAAAGAUGGAGUCUCAUCACUUCUACACAGUAAACUCCAGAGAAAGAGAUCAGAAUCACCAACACACAGCUGUAUCUCCAUGAUGGGUGACAUGGCUAUGGAUCCUCCUCUGGGGUUUAAAGAUGGAGACUCAUCACUUCUACACAGUAAACUACAGAGAAAGAGAUCAGAAUCACCAACACACAGCUGUAUCUCCAUGAAGAGUGACGAGUCUAUGGAUCCUCCUCUGAACUUUAAAGAUGGAGACUCAUCACUUCUACACAGUAAACUCCAGAGAAAGAGAUCAGAAUCACCAACACACAGCUGUAUCUCCAUGAAGAGUGACUGGUCUAAGGAUGUUCCUCUGAGGUUUAAAGAUGGAGACUCAUCACUUCUACACAGUAAACUCCAGAGAAAGAGAUCAGAAUCACCAACACACAGCUGUAUCUCCAUGAAGAGUGAUGUGUCUAUGGAGGUUCCUCUGAGGUUUAAAGAUGGAGCAUCAUCACUUCUACACAGUAAACUCCAGAGAAAGAGAUCAGAAUCACCAACACACAGCUGUAUCUCCAUGAUGGGUGACAUGGCUAUGGAGCCUCCUCUGAGGUUUAAAGAUGGAGACUCAUCACUUCUACACAGUAAACCCAAGAGAAAGAGAUCAGAAUUACCAACACACAGCUGUAUCUCCAUGAUGGGUGACAUGGCUAUGGAUGUUCCUGUGAAGUUUAAAGCUGGAGACUCAUCAUUUCUACACAGUAAACACAAGAGAAAGAGAUCAGAAUCACCAACACACAGCUGUAUCUCCAUGAAGAGUGAUGUGUCUAUGGGGAUUCCUCUGAACUUUAAAGAUGGAGCCUCAUCACUUCUACACAGUAAACUCCAGGGAAAGAGAUCAGAAUCACCAACACACAGUUGUAGCUCCAUGAAGAGUCAUGAGCCUAUGGAUCAUCAUCUGGAGGUUAAAGCUGUAGACUCCUCACUUCUACACAGGUACGACCCAGAAUCUGCUGGUGGAAAUGAAUUCCAGAAAAAGUUCAAAUUAAAUCUGAUGAAGAAGUUUCAGUGUUUGAAUGGAGUGAUAAUAAACCUGGCAACCUGGCAAACACUCCUGAAUGAGAUCUACACAGAGCUCUACAUCACAGAGGGAGACAGUGGACAAGUCAAUAAUGAACAUGAGGUGAGACAGAUGGAGGCAGCAUCCAGGAGAAGAACAACAGAGGAAACACCAAUCAAAUGUAAUGACAUCUUUAAGCCUUUAUCUGAACAAGACAAACCCAUCAGAACUGUGCUGACAAAUACAUCAUCUGAACAAGACAAACCCAUCAGAACUGUGCUGACAAAGGGAGUCGCUGGCAUCGGAAAAACCGUCUCUGUGCAGAAGUUCAUUGUGGACUGGGCUGAAGGGAAAGUAAAUCAGGACGUCCACCUCAUAUUUCCACUUCCUUUCAGAGAGCUGAACUUGAUGAAGGACCAGAAACUGAGUCUGAUGGAGCUCCUUCAUGUGUUUUUUAAGGAAACAAAAGAAACAGAAAUGUCCAGUUUGGAAAAGGUUCUGUUCAUUUUUGACGGAUUGGACGAGUGUCGUUUUCCUCUAGAUUUCCAGAACACAGUGAGAGUGUGUGAUGUAACUGAAUCAGCAUCAGUGCCUGUGCUGCUGAUAAACCUGAUCAAAGGGAAUCUGCUUCCCUCUGCUCUCAUCUGGAUCACCUCCAGACCUGCAGCAGCUGAUCAAAUCCCCUCUGAGUGUGUGGAUCGAGUCACUGAGGUACGAGGGUUCAAUGACCCACAGAAGGAGGAGUACUUCAGGAAGAGGAUCAGUGAUCAGAGCCUGGCCAAUAACAUCAUCACACACCUGAAGUCAUUAAGAAGCCUCUACAUCAUGUGUCACAUCCCAGUCUUCUGCUGGAUUACAGUCACUGUUCUAGAGAGAAUGUUGGGUGAAGCAGAGAGUGGAGAGAUCCCCAAGACUCUGACUCAAAUGUACACACACUUCCUCAUCAUUCAGACAAACAUCAUAAGAGAAAAAUACUCAAAGAAGCAGGAGAGUGAUGAAGAAAUGCUUCUUAAACUGGGACAACUGGCUUUUCAGCAGCUGGAGAAAGGGAACCUGAUCUUCUAUGAUGAAGACCUGAGAGAGUGUGGUAUUGAUGUGACAGAAGCAGCAGUGUACUCAGGUGUGUGUACUCAGAUCUUCAGAGAGGAGUUUGGGCUUCACCACAGUAAAGUGUACUGCUUUGUUCAUCUGAGCAUUCAGGAGCAUCUCGCAGCUCUGUAUGUGCACCUGACCUUCAUGAAGGAGAAGAGAAAUGUUCUGAUAGAAGAUGGAAUGGAAGAAAAUACAAUCUCAGAUGUACACAUCAGUGCUGUAGAUCAGACUUUACACAGUCAGACUGGACAUCUGGAUCUUUUCCUUCGCUUUCUUCUGGGUCUCUCACUGGAGUCCAAUCAGAAACUCUUACAUGUUUUAGUAACACAGACAGGAAGUAACCCUCAGAGCACACAGGAAACAGUUCAGUACAUUAAGGAGCAGAUCAGUGAAGAUCUUCCUACAGAGAAAUCCAUCACUCUGUUCCACUGUCUGAAUGAACUGGGUGAUGAUUCUCUAGUGGAGGAAAUCCAACACUUCCUGAAAUCUGGAAAACAAAGUGAACUUUCUCCUUCACAGGUUUCUGCUCUGGUGUUUGUGUUACUGACAUCAGCACAGGAGCUGGAUGAGUUUGACCAGAGUAAAUAUUUCAGUACAGAUAAGAUAACAGAAGAUGUUGUUCUGAAGAUGAUGCCUGUGAUUACAGCAUCCAGUAAAGCAAUUAUCAGCUGUGAUUCACUUGGAGAGGAAAGUUGGUCAUCUCUGUUCUCAGCGCUCAGAUCAGAAACCUCCAAACUGAGAGAACUUCAUCUGACUGUGGAAACACUGAAUCUGUCCUAUUAUAAUCUAGGAGACUCAGAAGUGAAGAGUCUCUGUGCUGGACUGGAGAAUCCUCACUGUAAACUGGAGACACUGGGGUAAGAUCAUCUCUCUGAGCAUCACAUGACCUUCUCCUCAGUAAGACACAUUCUCUAAUAGUGAGACUGAAGCAGAAGUUUUAGGUUCAUCAUCAAUGUCCUGAGGAGGAAGAUUGUUUCUUUUCACUGCACACUGAUGAUUUCUCACAGACUCUGAUGUAACUGCAAUGUGUCUGAAAUUACUGUGAAAUUUACUAAAACAUUGGAACUAAUGACACAAACUGGAGCUGGGACACAAACUAAAUGUACUGUGUGAGCUGCAGGGUUUAAAAGCAGCACUGACAUGGAAAUGAUGGAAAUAAAUAGA